AUGAUGACACUGAGCGCGGUUGCUAACUCAUCACCCGACCAGCGACUUAGCAAUUUUUCUGCUCGGCCGGUUCUUCGUCCGACAUGUCUUGAGGAAAGGCUUCUGCAACACGCCAGGAGGCGCAUCUGCCUACCUCUGCAACAAGACAGACAG